GGCAGAUCUGUGUGUGUGUGUGUGUGAGAGAGAGAGAGAACUGAGAACAACCAGUGGAAACUCAGGAGAAUAUGUUACUGCAUGUGAAAAAGCCAGACAUUUUCAGUAUGGAUGACAUCAACGUACUACAGCACAGAUGUCUCCUGAAUUUGAGGCGUCGAAUCAGAGAUAUUGGGGAUGGGCGCCCAGCUCAGGAACGAUAUAUGAGAUUGCAGAAGGAUGGAGACAGACUCAGUUACCAAGGGAACUCUGAAGAGGUGGGUUGCUAUGUGGCUGGCCAUCCUUUAUCAAAGGGAAAUUGCUACUUUGAGGUGACAAUAGUGGACACAGGAGUGAGGGGGACCAUAGCUGUGGGCCUGGUGCCUAAAUUCUACAGGCUGGACCACCAGCCUGGCUGGCUGCCAUACUCUGUAGCUUACCACGCUGACAACGGCAAGUUAUACAAUGGCAACCCUGUGGGACAGCAGUUUGGACCAAAGUGUGCUCGUGGUGACCGCAUUGGCUGUGGAAUACACUCAGAAAAUAUUGAAGCAGGCUUUACAGCAGUCUUUUUUACCAAAAAUGGCAAAGAGGUUGGUUCAGUGGAGGUUCCCGUCUCGGCAGAGGGGCUGUUCCCCGCCGUGGGAAUGCACUCAAUGGGGGAGGAGGUGAAGGUUGACCUGCAGGCUGAGUGGUUCCUGGAAGAAGAUGAUAGUAUGAUGAUGGUGGACAGCCAUGAAGAUGACUGGGGACGGCUUUACGAUGUCAGAGUAAGCGGCACGCUAUUGGAGUAUGUUGGCAAAGGAAAGAGCAUCAUGGACGUGGGUUUGGCCCAGGCCCGCCAGCCGCUCACCACCCGCUGCCACUACUAUGAAUUGGAGAUCGUUGAUUCAGGGGAAAAGUGCUACAUUGCUCUGGGCUUGGCAAGAAGGGACUACCCUAGGAACAGACACCCGGGAUGGAGCCGAGGGUCAGUGGCGUAUCAUGCAGAUGAUGGCAAGAUCUUUCACGGCAGCGGCGUUGGAGACGCUUUUGGUCCUCGCUGCUUCAAAGGUGACAUCAUGGGCUGUGGCAUCAUGUUUCCACGAGACUACAUCCUGGAUGGAGACGGUGACACGGACGAGUGGGAUCGGCUGGAGGUCCGCUCUAGUAACGCAGGCGUCCAGAACGUUCUGUACCUCAACGACGAAGAGGAGGAAGAGGAAGAUGGGGAACAGGUAGAGCAGGGACAGGAGGGCAGGAAGGUCACG